GUUCUCUGGGAACGUUGGGAACAUUCACUCAGCUCUGUGGAGAUCAAAGCAGCGAAUGAAGCUCAUCUCACCUGGCUGUGCAUGGAUGGAUACCCGAAGCGGUCAGGAUUCCCAUCUGAUUUUCCCAUUUGAUCCCAUUUUCCGAAAAGAAGUUUGAGGAAGGGUCAAAGAGAACCUGGGAGUUCAGGGGGUUUUAACUGCAGGAGAGACGGACAGGUUUGGUGUGUGUGUGUGUGUGUGAACGAGGGAAUGUGCCAGAGCAAGAGAGAGAGAAAGAGACUUAAUAGACAAAGAACAUAAGUGAGAGCUAAAGUAGUUCUACGUAGUCCAUUUUUAAGGCUGGCUGGGCAUUGAACAAGAACAAUACAUACAAUAAGGAAAAUAGUCUAUCAGCUGCAACAGGAGUCAUAGAUUUAUAACUUAGUACGUUUUCACUUUCAGGCUGUUUCUUAGUGUUUGUCAGUCUAGUUGUCACUGUGUGUGCUCAGAUCCAUUGUAGUGAGCACUGUGGUGUCAUUGGAGGGUUUUGUUGUAUUCUGAGCACACGGUUGGCCAGUUCAAAUGAUUGACAGGGCUAAAGAAGAAGAGUUGUUUCAGGAAGCGGGAGUGAGGCUUAUACAGGAGGACAUGAGGAGAUAAGAUGGAUCCUGCCCUAGCAGUACACUUUGGACCUAAGUCAGACUUUGAUGAACUCAACCUGUACUGGUCCCUGUGGACUUUCUGUGAGGAGGACAAUUUCUACCACCGCCAUCUUUGAACUUUUGCACCAGGAAGUAUAACACUGCCAGGGGAGAGGGUUAUCUCGACCUCAACACCUCAAACCUUAAUCCACAUUUUUUUAAAGUAUUGACGCUUGGUUACCACGUUUCACUGGUUUCCAUGGUGACCCUGUCAGCACGGUGACCUGUCAGCAUCAUCACGGUGGUAGCCAACAGCCAUGCAGUACCUGGGUGGUAAACUGUCCUCCGCCCAGGUCCAUGUCUCUGGCUGGGUGGGCAGCGUGCGUCGUUCCCUACAGGGGGCACUGAACUUAGUCUGGGGAGAUGAGGAGGAGGUGGUGGUGGUAAAAGAAGAAGAGGAGGAGAAGGAAGAGGAGGAUGAGGGAGAAGGUGGGGGAGGGGGCAGGAGGUUCGACAGGGCUGUGUCCCCUCUGCGUAGCUUUGCCUCCCGGAGCCGGCAAUCCCUGAGGUUGUUCUCUGUCCGAAGUCGCCAGCGGAUGACGCUGCGUAGACGGGCAGCAGACACCAGCGCUGAGCAGUUGAAGUGCUGUGUGGGGGCGGGAGAGGGACAUGACACAGAGGCUCUGAUUGGUGGAGAGCCAGACAAGCAGUAUGGGGGAUGUGACACUAGACUGUCUGAGGAUGACAGUCUGCAGACGACAGUGGAACAGGUCUCCCCUGUCACACCAGAUGAGCCUAACAGUACAUCUCCACUAGAAGAAACAGAGGAGCCAUUAGCCUUUCCUGAUAUUUCUCCUCCUCUAUUGGACACCAGUGCUCAGCGUGCAAGGGCAAAGCUGAGGAAGAGUCGGAGGACCCGCCCCCCUCGAGCUGUCCAUCAGAACUCUACCACAGCAACGCUUGAGGAAAACCGCGUCCACGACUGGAGGUUCUGUGACUCCUCAGAUAAGGUGGACUCUCUAACAAGGGGAGAUUGUGAGUCUGAUGAGGAGCAGCCCCGAGGGAGGGAGGUAUGUUCACCACCUUCCCAGCCCCAGAGAAUACCCCUCUUUUCUGGAAUGGACCCGUCCGCCCUCAAGGCCCAGUUAAAGAAGCGAACAGGGGGAGGAGUUAAAGGAGCAGAUACAGACAGUCAGACAGACAGUCUUGCUCCGUCCCCCUCUCAUCUCUCCCGCUCUCCCGGAUGUUCCUCCUUCCUACCCGGGGCAUCACAGAUGCUACCCCCUGUAGGGAACAAAGAUGGAGGAGGGAAAAUGUCGGAGCAGCAGGGUGCACCGGAGCAGCUAGCAGCUGGAAAGAGCCAAGGAGGGGCAGGAGCCACCUACAAGGUGGUGGUGUUUGAGUUUGAGAACUUCUGUGGGAAGAAAAUGGAGCUGUCUGCAGAGUGUAAGAAUGUGAUCGAAAAGGGAUGUGAGAAGGUGGGAUCUAUCAUCGUGGAAUCAGGACCCUGGGUGGCAUUUGAGCGCCAGGCAUUUGGCGGGGAGCAGUUUGUGCUGGAGAAGGGCGAGUAUCCUCGUUGGAGCACCUGGACCAACAGCCAGACUAAUAACUACCUGCUGUCCCUCAGGCCACUCAAAGUGGACAGUGCGGAUCACAAACUCCACCUGUUCGAGAACCCAGGCUUAGCCGGGAGGAAGAUGGAGAUUGUGGAUGACGACGUCCCCAGCCUGUGGGUCCAUGGCUUUCAGGACCGCGUGGCCAGCAUCAAGGCUACGAAUGGAGCGUGGGUGGGCUACAUGUUCCCAGGCUACAGGGGCCGCCAGUACAUCUUUGAGCAUGGAGACUACAAGCACUGGAAUGACUGGGGAGCAUCGACACCUCAGAUCCAGUCUGUCCGACGCGUUCGUGACAUGCAGUGGCACAAGAGAGGCUGCUUCAUUGCCCCCACCCCCACUCCCGCCCCCAACCCCACACCCCCAGCACCUGCCCCCCCUACCGCCGCUGGCACCAGCUGAAAGAGAGUGGCUGUGGCCCCAGGCCCCCUAAGAAGCCAAAUCCGGGCCUCCCAUCCAUCCAGGGCUCCACCGAGCCUCACCUCCUCAUCACAGAGGGCCAGCAAGAAACGACGAACUCGGAAGUGAAGUAACCAUCACUGACUUACCUAUGUGUCUGGGAUGGAAAUAAUAAAGGCUUUGAACCCGAUUUGG